AUGACGGCUAGAAUGCCUUCUGCCGAGAACCAACAACAACUCAUUGCUCGGUUUAUCGGUGGCCUUCGUUCACAGUUGCAAGUGGCAUUAGCCCAAUUUAAUCCGCCCUCUGUUUCUGAAGCACAUAAACGAGCCAUAUCAAUGGAACAACAACUGUGUUCCUCUUGGACUUCGUCAUCUCGUACGCGUUUUCAGCAGGGCGAUACCAGCAGCCAACAAGGAACGACUUUGCAGAACACGGAGGCAACAAAAACACCAGCAAACAACGAUACCAUUGCUAACUCUCGACCAGCUCGAACCAAUGCUCUGCGUUGUUAUACUUGUGGAGAACGUGGCCAUAUUCAAACUGCUUGUCCUAAUAAGACUAAACGGGGGCUAAUAGUUCAUGAGGAUACUGAGCCAAAGCAUGAUGAUUUUGAGGCCUCUGAUGAGGAAAACAUUGAUAUCAUACAGGGAGAUACAUGCCUUAACUUGGUUCCCUUGCGCAAUUGUCUCCUCCCGAAAGCCUCUCACGAGUCUUGGCUGCGCACCAACUUGUUUCGAUCUACAUGUACCAUCAACAGACGGGUCUGUAAACUGAUUAUUGACUCGGGCAGUUGCACUAACGUCAUGUCAUAUGAAGCUUCCCAGAAACUCGGUCUCACCGUGGUUCCCCAUCCCUCGCCUUAUCCGCUUGCUUGGCUUAACAACGGCACCGAGUUCACGGUCUCAAAGCAAGUUCUCGUCUCAUUCUCUAUUGGCACGUAUAAGGACCCCGUGACCUGCGACGUUAUUCCUAUGGAUGCUUGCCAUUUAUUGUUAGGAAGACCGUGGCAAUUUGAUCGUGAUGCUACUCAUCGAGGAAAGGCCAACACAUACAGCUUCGUGUUUGACAAUCGUACAAUUACAUUGAUUCCGUCUAAAGACCAACCGGAAUCUAGUCCACGGUCUAGUGGUGAUUCAAACAAGGGAGCUACACCAACUUCGAACUCACUUUUAACGCUUCCCAAAAGUGAUUUUGAAAAGCAGAUGCACGAUGUUGAUAUACUUUGGGCCCUUGUCAUAUCGCGGCAACAACAACUUCAGUAA